AUCCGUUCCCAAAGAGAAAGGUGUUUGUAUAAAAGCAAAGUCCUCGACAUUGCAGAAUCAUUCAAAAAACAGCACCCGAAGCUUGAGAAUAUCCCUGAUUAAGUAGCUCGAACAGCAUCAUCCAUUCAAUAUGAAAGUAAUCAUUGUGGCUCUCAUUGCUUGCCUGGCAUUUGCGUCUGCUCUUCCUCAGAUUGAGCGGGGCUCAAUAUAUGCACCCAGUGGAAGGUUUGCCAUGACCGAGAACUGGGCGGCUCCACCAGUUGACCUGAGCCAACCCAUUGUAUUCCUGCCCGUGGCAACUCCCAUUACUGAAGCACCUCAAGAACCCAAACUCACAGCCCGUCAUUUGACUUGUUAA